CCAUUUAUUCAUAGGAGUCACGAGAAUAUUUAAAUAAAUUCCUCUGUUAAUGUAUUUAUCUAUCUCUCACCUGAAUCUUGUGAUUCAGUACGUGACGUUAUAUUUCGUGUUGUUUUUGGGGAACCGAUUUGAAACCACAAAGUGAAGUGAAGUGAUAUUUUUUACACUGGAGCAUUCACCUCCAGCCGAUGCCAGUGGAAAUAAAACCCUGACAAUUCAACUGAGUGACGUAAUUCAAGUGUCCAAAGAGAAGUGGUACACGGUAUAGUGCAGGGAUUUAUCGUGGGGGGGAAAAACAGAGUGCGGAUGGCCUCGAGGUGGGAUCUUCUCAAACUCCAGCGUAUACUGCGUUCAGUCCCUCGCUCUCUCGUAAUGAAGAGUAAUAAAACAUAGACUCACGUACAUACCUGAAAAAAAAAAGAAAUAAUAAAAUCGAUCGACACCCACAUAAUGUUCGGGAGAUCAAAAUUUGGAUCAGGUCGUGGUUACAGUUUCAACACAUCAAAAAAUCCAUUCGGCCGAAGACGUCAUCGCAACUGGAUAUUCGUGAACCGCCGAAAACACAGACAUCAUCAUGAGACCAAACCCGAGGAGGAGGGCAGUGUUAUCAUGACAAGGGACUCACCACCUGUCGAGUCCAUCUCAGCGAUUCAUGACAUUUCCGAGGAACGACCCAGACAUCUGGAGAUUUCAACGACUUCAGGUAAAUCCAAGGAUGCUGACAUGACAGACGCCAUUGAACUCCAGACCAAGGAGCCAACGAAAAAUGGGCACAACGGUGUUAAUCAUCAAUUCAAGGAUUAUCAUCAGGAUAAGGACAAUGAAUGUUGUGUCAAGUGUGUAUACUUUGCUCAACAAUGCUGCGAGUGUGUGAUAGUCUGAGUCGCUCCUUGCACUCCCCCGGGACCAGAAUUUUAUAUUUUAAAAUAUAUGUAACGUAUUUUUUCUAGUAUGAGAAUUGUAUUUAUUUAUAGUGAAAGCGACGAAUCUUCCAUUGCUCUCAAUCCUCUGAAUCUUUGGAAUUCCAUUGAUUUUGGAAAUGAGGUUAAGAAUUUAUGCCUCGAGGGGAAUUGGCUAAUUGGGGGCCGAAAUGAGGCGCCACUUGCUCCUGUCAAUUCGUUGUUAUUACCACUAUUUUUUAGAGGUCAAUGUCACGAAUAUCGCACAGUAUCAUCGCUGGAGGAUUACAGAGGAGUUUAUUAGGGACCAAUAAAGUGAUUUUUAUGCGAGAACCUUAAUAUUUUCAAUGGAAUUAUUAUUGUAGAUUACUAACGCCUCCUCAGUACAAUUUAUUUCAUUAUAAUUUACGCUCCAUCACCUGCUUUUUAAAACUCAAUGUUGCCAUUCGAUAAUAAAUCUGUUCAAUAACAUCAA